AUGGCCACACUAAGCACACCCAUCAAGCCUCUCAAACGCGCAACCGCCAGCGCCUUCGACGCCGAGCGCAUAGAAACCCUCCGAGACGCCGGCCUCAGCGUCGAAACGCACACCAACACCGUCGCGAUCUACCUCGACAUUGACCCGUGGACGAACCCCCUGGACCCAGCGGAUGUCGUUUUAGCUUCUAGACGGGAGCUGGAGCGUAGAAUGACAAUGGGUGAGGCGUGUUACGCCAAUCCGAAGGGCAAUCCUCCUCACCAUCGCAUUAGGGUGUAUUGGGGUUUCCCGUCCGAGGCCCAGACGGCGGAAGAGGUGUUCAAGGAAGCGUGGAUAUACAAUAUGGCGUUUGAAGAUGUAGCUGAGAAGGGGAAGAAGAAGUUUGGAUUCCCGGCGUUGUUGGAUGGGUGUUGUAUGGUUGAUGUUUUUGCUCCUGGUCGCUCCGGGGACGUCAAUGAUGUUUCUGUUACGGAUGCUGGGUAUUGUUCUUGGGAGGGUUUUCUUUCGAACGUUAAGCCUGCUUUCCCGAAUAAAGACAAUCCUGGGACUUAUUGUGGGGUUUAG